UUCAGCGGAAAGGAAAAGCUCCUGCACGUACCCCACGUUCGUGCCGCCUCCACACCACCCGCCGUCUACAGCAUAACCAGCACGGUCAUGGCGCGCGUGUCGCUGAUCCUCGCCGCCGCGGUGCUCGCGUGCGCGGUGCUCGCCACCAGGCAUGCGGCCGCCGCCGGGGCCGGGGCCGCCGCCGCCGCCGCCGCCGGCCCGGCGGCCCCCGCCCCCGGCGGCUUCGCCUGCAACCCACUCAAGGACAAGACGUGCAAGCUGGGGGAACCCAAGGCGCCGGAGGACACGGAGGAGGAGGGCGGGCUCGGCACGAAGCUGCCGUCCCUGACGUCCAUCUCCAUUCCUGGCGCCGGCAAGGUCGACCGCGACGGCGAUGGAGACACCGACGAGGACGACGAGCUGCCGUCGUUCGACACCCACAUGACCAUCCUCGGCCACUGAGAGGAUCCAAGCCUGACUUCUAAGCACAUGGUUGUAGUAUCUUCUUGCAUUUGCGUUGCUUGUGUAGUUGUGUUGCUGCCCAGAAGAAAGAAACAGAAAAAAGGAAAAAAGGAAAGAGAUGAGAGAGUGAGCGUGUCACGAUGAUCCCCGCUAGCUGAUGACGAAAUUUGCCAGUUGCUCUUGUUUCUUGUUAAUAUCGUUCAAGUUCAGAUAUUAGUUCUAAAUUCUAGUCGAUUUGGCCUCGUUUUGGUCUUCAUAUUAUUGGCAUUGAAUAAUGUUUGAGCUUGGUCUACAAA